UUGUUGUUGGAACUGGGCGCAACUGUGGACUUUGAUGACGACAAUGGGAUGGCACCACUGAUGUAUGCGUCGUACAGUGGCUCGAAAGAGGUGGUGGACUUACUUUUGGAAGGUGGAGCGAGCUUUCCCAGACAGAGCCGUCGUGGUGCGACCGCUCUACACUACGCGUGUUAUGGGGGAUGCCUUGAAGUGGUUAAAGCUCUUGUAGAAAACGGGGCGCCAAUCGACUCCCCAGACGCAACAGGU